GCCUUGCAACGGACACGGCAUAAUUAAUAUUUCCAAUGUAUGCUGCUGGCGCUUGGUGAACUUGAGUGUGUUGCCUUCCCAGGGUUGCCGACAUUGUCUUCCAUUGUGGUAACUUGGAUCACAUUCACGCACUAAUGAGUGGCUCGAGGUCCUUUCCAAGACAACCAGACGUACUUUUGAAUUCAAGUUGAUUGGACGUUAUUUAGGAUUCAAGCCGUCUAACCUGCUUGGUACAACCCUCAUCAGAAGGAGUUUCAUUUAUUCAGAGAGGAGGUCACAUUCAUCGACAUACCCAACAUGGAUGAUUACAGUUAUCGUGCCAAGUUUGAGUUUUACGACCUGCUCCUAUCAACGAAUCGGCGAAAACACUGGUCGUUAUUGUAAAAUAUUUGGACAAUAAAUAUUCGUUACCAUGAUUCCGACAUCGCUGUUAUUAAUCUUGCUGCCACUCGGCGUUCUGGGAGUGGAGAAGGGGAAGGAUAAUAAUGGUACUCAUUUUAAGUGGAAAGGAACUGGAAAGAAUAUAUCAUAUUACCAUGAAGUAUGGCACCCAAUCCAUUUCCCUCAAGGACAAAGCAAGCUCGCCGUUUCGGAUAUACGAAAUGAAGCGGAUGAUACCGUGGAAAAUAAAGGAACCGGUAACCCUGAGCUUAAAUGUGAGGGACUAUGCGCUUCUCCAAUUCGGGAUUGGAAUUAUACGAUGACCGAGAUAAGGGAAUUGUUGGCUUUCGAGACUGUCACGGAUGAUGGAAUUAUACAAAAGACGGAAUUGACACCUAACGAGAAUUUUGUGAGCUAUCUUAACGGGUGGAUGGCAGAGGAGAGUAUGAUCUCAGCCAACUUGUCCGAGGAAAAAGAGAAUUCACACAGCAGGAGACGACGCGCAGUUGUCGGUGCAAACACGCGGUUCCCAAUCGACGACAGGAAGUUUAUCUCGAAGGAACCGUUUUCAGCCGCGGUUAAACUCUCCACCGGUUGCUCAGGUGUGCUUAUCGGAGAACAGUACGUCCUGACCGCAGCGCGAUGCAUCCAUGACGGUAAAAAUUACAUUGUGCCAAUCAGAGAGCUCAACGUAGGAUUUCGCCGUCAGCGAAGCCUGAAACCCGAGGAAAUCUCUACAGACGAGUGGGAGAAGGCUCUGAUUUGGAUCCGCGUCGCCAAGGCUUACCUGCCUUACGAUUGGACCAGACUGAAGCGCACACGGAACCUACCUUUGGAUAAAGAUUACGCGGUCUUGUCCCUCAAAAGAAGUCCAGACCGGCCCUACCUCAACGUCAGCGUCGGAAGCUCGGUGAACGUCCAAGAGAACGCGCAGCUGCACAUGAACGCGCUCGACACACCCAACGAAGCUGUGUUGUAUUACCGCUUCUGUCAUCUACAGGGCGAGACGUCCGAGCUUUUCUAUCAACAGUGCGACGGCGACAGUGACGCGGUUGGCGGUAUCUACGUGCGUCGUUGGGACGGCUUGCUAAGGCAAUGGACACGGAAAGUCGUUGGAGUCUACACUGGUGAACAGACAUACGAUCUUGACGGAGAAAAUGUUGUCAAUAAUGUCGCGAUACGUAUAACGCCUCUAAAAUUUGCACAAAUAUGUUACUGGUUAACAGGAGACUACAACGAAUGUAAUGGAUGAAUGAU